GCCUUUUUCCCAGCCAACUGCUUGUGUCUUCAUUCCUAGCAGGAUCUCUUUAACGGGAGAAUCCGUGUAAACGGAGAAAAUGCUUUCCUGCGAACUGAAGCACAAUAAUUAGAGCUGAGACGGAGUGUUUGUAUACACAGGGACAGAGUACAGUAUGUUCAGGUCCCCAUCUGAUCCCAGUCCACCGUCCGUUUCAUCCGCUCAGGGAAUCAUUAACCCGAACCUGGCUGCCCCAUUUUGGAUUUUAAAGACAUUAAACAGCAGAAGAUGUCACAGAGUAAAAGUUGACAUUUAAUCUUUUCGAACCGCUUUCAACUGCAUCCCUGCUUUCCAGAGGAGAGGGUCGCUUUUACACCUCCCAUGUUUCUUCACCGAGUGAGCUCCUUCAGUUCCUCCGUUCGUCCCAGAGGGCAUCCCGCUCUCCACCGGGCCUCCUCCCACCACCAACCAUUCGCCCCUCACCCUCAUCCAUGGUGGUCAGCCCCCAGAUUCCCACCCUGGCCUCCUCACCUUCCCCCACCUUACCCACCUCCUUCUCCACUCUUCACUGGUAACAGAUUCCACUUUGUCAACGCUGGCGGUCUGCAGUCAUUCCACACCUCUGUUGAUGUCAUGAUGGAGCGUCCCGGCAGAGAACCUCCAAACAAACGAUUGAAAAGUGGAGAGGACAGGAAGAGUGUCGGGGAAAAUGUAUCAUCCAGGGAUGGAGGAAUGAGGGAAACGAGGGCCAGAGCCAGGGAGAGAGAGUCAAAGCAGGAGCAGCAUCAUCGGGAUUUCAGAAGAGACGGCGAACUUCCAGCGAACCACCGGUCCAGAAUCGGAGAGAAACCAAAAACCGGAGCCGAGAGAGUUUACAGCAGAGAAAGGACUAAAUGUGAGAGAAGCAGCAGCAGCGACAGAACUAAAAACCAGCAUUCACAAGCUGCAGGAUCCAGGACUGAGCAGGAGAAACCCAACGUCUGGUUCCGUGGCAGGCCUGCUGAGGAGCAGCGGAGCCUUCAGCAGAACCAAACCGGGUCGGCAGAACCUGACAAGGUUGGCGGUGUGGAUGCAGGGAGAUGGGCAGGGCUUCAGCACCAGCCUUCCAGUUCGAUUCAAGCAGACAGACGACCUCCACGGCAACCUCCACAUCCCGUUAAAGCUCUUCAGAGGUACUGGGAGACCUGCAGUACUGAACCCCAGCCACCAGGGGGCAGCAGAGUGUUUGACUUCUCUGUGAUGUCCUACAACAUCUUGUCCCAGGAUCUGCUGCAGGAUAACGCCUACCUGUACCGACACUGUGACCCUGCCGUUCUGUCCUGGCCGUACAGGCUGCCCAACCUGCUGGCAGAGAUCCAGCAGCACAACGCCGACAUUCUGUGUCUUCAGGAGGUCCAGGAGGAUCACUAUGAGAACGAGAUCAAACCAGCUCUACAGGCUUUAGGGUACCAGUGUGAAUAUAAGAAGCGGACAGGAAAGAAACCAGAUGGCUGCGCCAUCACCUUUAAAUCCUCCCGCUUCUCGCUCGUCUCCUCUACACCGGUGGAGUUCCAUCGCCGUGGCGACGCGCUCCUAAACCGGGACAACGUGGGCAUGGUGGUCGUGCUGCAGCCAAACACCGGCGCCGCCCAGUCCAAUGCGUCCUACUCCAUCUGUGUGGCCAACACUCACCUGCUCUACAACCCUCGCCGUGGCGACAUCAAGCUGGCUCAGCUAGCCAUCCUAUUGGCUGAGAUCGGCCGGUUGUCCCGCCUCCCCGACGGCUCCACCAACCCGGUGAUCCUCUGUGGGGACUUUAACUCGGUGCCGUGGAGCCCGCUGUACCACUUCCUGACCACAGGCUCUCUGAAGUACAAGGGGCUGCAGAUUAACAUGGUGUCGGGUCAGGAAGCAGGUUCCAGAGGUCACCGUUUCCUCACCCCUCCCAUCUGGUCCCCCAGACUGGGAAUCAACCAGAGCUGCCAGUAUGAGAGCAAAGCAACAGAGGAGCCGCGUCCCAGCAGCCCGGCAGCUCUGCUGUCUCUCUCAGCUGUGGAAGGAGGAAUCUCUAACCUGACGGUAGAAGAUCAGGCCUCCGGAGCCUCAUCUGAUGUUGCCAGGUCAGAGCCAAACUGCUCCAGAUACAGGAUCAAUCAUGACCUGAAGCUGCAGUCGUCUUACGGGCACCGCCUGCUGCCGGACGGCCGCCCUGAGGUCACCACCAGCCACUCACGCACAUCCCUGACCGUGGACUACAUCCUGUACAGCUCAGAUAUAAACGCAACCCCUUCACUUCCUGGUGGGCGGGGCCUCCAGCUCCUGGGCAGGCUGUCAUUGGUUGGGCAAUCAGAGCUGGAGGAAGUCCACAGACUUCCCAACUGGCACCACUCAUCCGACCAUCUCCCUCUCCUGGUCAGGUUCCGCCUUGGUCCAGACAGCUUCACAUGAAGGAAAAACUGGAUUCAAUCCAACCUUUAGAAAAAAACCUGUUUUAUUUGUUCCAGAAAACUGAAACAAAUAACAACUUGUAUGUUUUUAAAUAGAGAAGAAUUUUUAUUGCUGCCGCUCGUAUGUUUCCAUACGGAGUUCAGAAUUUGCACAAAGAAUUUAUCGUUUCAUGUCUCCAUGGUGAUGGAUUUACAAAAUAAGUUUAGAAAAUAUAUAUAUACUGACCCCAAACGUUAAAAAAAUUAUAUGCUAAA